AUUUUUUGAGAUGGAGUUUUGGUCUCAUUGCCCAGGCUGGAGUGCAAUGGCAUAAUCUUGGCUCACUGUAACCUCCACCUCCUGGGUUCAAGCGAUUCUCCUGCCUCAGCCUCCUGAGUAGCUGGGAUUACAGGCAUGCAGCACCAUGCCCGCUAAUUUUUGUAUUAGUAGAGACGGGGUUUCUCCAUGUUAGUCAGGCUGGUCUUGAACUCCCGACCUCAGGUGAUCUCGCCUCAGCCUCCCAAAGUGCUGGGAUUACAGGCGUGAGCCACUGCGCCCGGCCCAGCCUGCAUUUUUUCCUAAGUUGUGAUUAUCUUAGAAACUUGUUUGCUUAGUAUCAGUUUAUAUACCUUCUAUACACUUACACUGGUAGGAAAACACAAAAAUAAGAGACUAGUUCAUGGGGACAUUAAAAGGAAAACAAAGAAAUUACAUUGGCCAUGAGGUGAAGAAACAACGUAACAGAAGAAAAUCUCCUUGAAAAGUAUCAAGAUCUUGGUUUGAAGUUUCCCUGUUCUUUCCAAAGCCAUUUUCUUUGUGGGAAUGAAACUGGGUUAAGGUAUAAAGCUCUGGGGGGAGAGUCCUGAGAAUAAGAUCCAGCUCAGAUUCCUUCCCAGUCCUCAGUGUAAUUGUGAUAUAAUCUCAGCAAGAAGAUAAGUGAAGCUUUUCUUCUAUCCUCAAAAGCUAGUUGGGACUUGGGAGAAGCCUGUGGCAUUAAGAUACCUGAAUUUCAUUGGCAGGCUCAGCUAUCUGCUGGGGUAGCUAUGUUCACUAUGCUUUGGGUCUUUGCUUCAGAGUUUGAGAGGCCCAUGAGGUCUUAGCUUUAUUCAUGUUCAUGAUUGCAGAGGCUGGGCUAAACUUUCUUUGACUCAAGAACUGGAAUCCUCACUAUAUUCACAGGCAUUCGCUCUGACUUUUCUGUUAGUCUUCUCAUCACCUCUUUACAAAUACAUUACUGCCAGGCAAGGUGGCAUGUGCCUAUAAUCCCAGCUACUCAGGAGGCUGAGGCAGAAGAAUCAUGUGAGCCCAGGCGUUCAAGACCACCCUGGACAAUAUAGUGAAACUCUUGUUCCCCAACCCCCCUCCAAAAAUCUGGAAGUUAGCUGGUGUUGGCGGGGGAAAAAAGUCACUGACCCUUUUGGACAUUUGUGCAGCAGCUGCUUCAGAACGUCCUGCUUGGAGACUUAUUUUUGGAGCUGAUUUGACUGUGGGUGUCAAUUUCCUGAGUUUGGUCAGUGCCGUUGAUAUUUUUCACUGGGUACAUUUCUUAAAAGUGUUUCUCUCUGGCCUCAAUUUCUUUCUCUUUAACUUAAUUGCCAGAUUUAUCUUCAUCUUUAGCAGCAUUUUAGUUCUUUUCGUACUUUGGUUUUCUUUCUCUUCUGUCUGUUCUGCAAGUUUGGCCAUGAAAGUCUCUCUCCUUUUUCUGUUUUUCAGCUUUCUCCUGAUAAGGUGUUUCUCCUUCCCUUUUGUGCUGCUGGAACCCACCGAGGCUGGAGCCUGCUCCUCUUGGUCCUGAAGCUCCCACUGCUUUUCAGUCUUCGAGUCUCCUUUUAUAGGCCUUCAUUUAUUUACUUUAUCUCUUCUUUCAUUUUCCCUUUUUUUUCCUUUGAAUACUUAUUCUUUCUCCACUACCUUUUUUUUACAGCAAGGCCUCAGUUCUUUGCCAGAACUGUAGCAGCUUCCUCAGCAUGUGUGAUCCCUAAUGUAGCUCUUUUCUUGCCUCUCCUUGGCCCUUAGAGUAGGACUGUAGUUUCUUUGUUUUUGUAGGAUGAUUGCAUGCCUUCUAGCGUGAGUCUUCACAUCUUAGUUUACUGUCAUUUCUUUUGACAGUAUUAGCAGCACUUGCUGAGCACAGAGGACAUUGGAUAGGUAUUAGUUCAGAGCAAAUGUAGAAGGUGGUGGCUCUGUUUUAAUAUCAUAAGUGUCACUCCUUUUACAUUUGCUUCACAGUGGUGGGAGAUGGAAGAGGUCAACAUUAUCAGGGGAUAUGACCUUCAUCUGUGACUUUGUGCACAGGGUAGUGGGACCACUUUGCAACAAGUUCUGAGACCUGUUGUCCAUCUCACACUUUUUGUAGACUCUCCAGUUCUUGUCUCGUGAGUCUUCAGUUUGUCAAUUCAGUGACUAUUUAUGGGCAUUUUUGGAGCCUGGAGUAGAUUGAUGGCUGUUACUGAUGGGUCUUUUCCACCAAUAAUGUCUGGGUACUUUUACUCCUAGAUAAAGAAGCUUUUAGGGACAAGAAGAUACUGAUGAGAAUGCUCUCCAGACUGAACCAAGAGUCAUAUUGGAGAAAUUCUGGAUGCAGAAAUGCUGGUUAUUUCAGUCACUUGCCGAUGACUUCUGAUGUCCCAGCAAAUGGCAUUGUUGACUGCAGUGCUGAGAAGAUACUUCUGAGGACCCACGUCUAAGGUGGACUUAGCUCGUGCUCUUCUGGUUAGUCCCUGAACAGGAGUGAUGCCUCCAGGCAGGUGGCAUGCUGUCUAUCCAGCCCAGGCCCAGUCUUCGAGGGAGCGAGGGCGGCUUCAGACAAUAAAGAAGGAAGAAGAGGAUGAAAGCUAUACUCCAGUGCAGGCUGCCAGGCCACAGACGCUCAACCGCCCUGGCCAGGAGCUGUUCCGCCAGCUCUUCAGACAGCUUCGCUACCAUGAGUCUUCGGGGCCCCUAGAAACUCUGAGCCGGCUCCGGGAACUCUGUCGCUGGUGGCUGAGGCCUGACGUUCUCUCCAAGGCACAGAUCCUAGAGCUGCUGGUGCUGGAACAGUUUCUGAGCAUCCUGCCUGGGGAGCUCCGGGUUUGGGUGCAGCUCCAUAAUCCUGAGAGUGGCGAAGAGGCCGUGGCCUUGCUGGAGGAGCUGCAGAGGGACCUUGAUGGGACAUCAUGGAGGGACCCGGGCCCUGCCCAGAGCCCAGAUGUGCAUUGGAUGGGUACAGGAGCCCUGCGAUCUGCACAGAUAUGGUCCCUUGCUUCACCUCUCAGGAGCAGCUCUGCUCUGGGGGACCACCUGGAGCCUCCCUAUGAAAUAGAAGCACGUGACUUCCUGGCUGGGCAAUCCGAUACUCCUGCUGCCCAGAUGCCUGCCCUUUUCCAGAGAGAGGGGUGCCCAGGAGACCAGGUAACACCACCCAGGUCCCUGACAGCCCAGCUUCAGACUAUGACUUUCAAGGAUGUGGAGGUGACCUUCUCCCAGGACGAGUGGGGGUGGCUGGACUCUGCUCAGAGAAACCUGUACAGGGAUGUGAUGCUGGAGAAUUAUAGGAACAUGGCUUUCCUGGUGGGACCAUUCACCAAACCUGCUCUGAUCUCCUGGUUGGAAGCAAGGGAGCCAUGGGGCCUGAAUUUGCAGGCAGCUCAGCCUAAGGGGAAUGCAGGUGUUGCCCCUACAGGAGAUGACCUCCAGAUUAAAACAAACAAAUUCAUCUUAGAUCAGGAACCUUUGGAAGAAGCAGAAACCUUAGCUGUGUCAUCAGGAUGUCCUGCGACAAGUGUUUCUGAGGGAAUUGGGCUCAGAGAAUCUUUUCAACAGAAGAGCAGGCAAAAGGAUCAAUGUGAAAACCCCAUACAAGUAACAGUUAAAAAAGAAGAGACCAAUUUCAGUCACAGGACAGGAAAAGACUCUGAAGUAUCAGGAAGUAAUAGUCUUGACUUAAAACAUGUUACAUAUUUGAGAGUUUCUGGAAGAAAGGAAUCCCUUAAACAUGGCUGUGGCAAACACUUCAGAAUGAGUUCACACCACUAUGACUACAAGAAAUAUGGGAAGGGGCUCAGACACAUGAUUGGCGGCUUCAGCCUACAUCAGAGAAUUCAUACUGGACUGAAAGGGAAUAAAAAGGACGUGUGUGGAAAAGACUUCAGCCUUAGCUCUCAUCACCAGCACGGGCAGAGUCUUCACACGGUGGGAGUGUCAUUUAAGUGCAGUGACUGUGGAAGGACUUUCAGUCAUAGCUCCCAUCUUGCAUAUCAUCAGAGACUUCACACUCAAGAGAAGGCAUUUAAAUGUAGGGUGUGUGGGAAAGCCUUCCGGUGGAGUUCCAACUGCGCACGGCAUGAGAAAAUUCACACUGGAGUGAAGCCCUAUAAAUGCGAUUUAUGUGAGAAAGCUUUCCGACGUCUGUCAGCCUACCGUCUGCACCGAGAAACCCAUGCUAAGAAGAAAUUUCUUGAAUUGAAUCAGUAUAGGGCAGCUCUCACCUACAGCUCAGGGUUUGAUCAUCAUUUGGGAGACCAAAGUGGAGAGAAACUCUUUGACUGCAGCCAGUGCAGGAAGUCCUUCCACUGUAAGUCAUAUGUUCUUGAACAUCAAAGGAUUCACACCCAGGAGAAACCCUAUAAAUGUACCAAAUGCAGGAAAACCUUUAGGUGGAGAUCAAACUUUACUCGUCAUAUGAGGUUGCAUGAGGAGGAAAAAUUCUACAAACAAGAUGAAUGUCAUGAGGGCUUCAGGCAGUCUCCUGAGUGCAGUCAGCCCCAGGGUGCCCCCGCUGUGGAGAAAACAUUUUUGUGUCAGCAGUGUGGGAAAACUUUUACUAGAAAGAAAACUCUCGUUGACCACCAGAGAAUUCACACAGGUGAGAAACCAUACCAGUGUAGCGAUUGUGGGAAGGACUUUGCCUAUAGGUCAGCCUUUAUUGUUCAUAAGAAGAAGCAUGCCAUGAAAAGAAAACCUGAGGGCGGGGCAUCUUUUAGUCAGGACAGAGUGUUCCAGGUUCCUCAGAGCAGUCACUCCAGAGAGGAGCCCUACAAAUGCAGCCAGUGUGGCAAGGCCUUCCGCAAUCACUCCUUCCUCCUCAUCCAUCAGAGAGUUCACACUGGAGAGAAGCCGUAUAAGUGUAGGGAGUGUGGGAAAGCCUUCAGAUGGAGUUCCAAUCUCUACCGACAUCAGAGGAUUCACUCUCUUCAAAAACAGUAUGAUUGCCAUGAAAGUGAAAAGACUCCAAAUGUGGAGCCGAAAAUCCUCACUGGUGAGAAACGUUUUUGGUGUCAAGAAUGUGGGAAAACCUUUACACGUAAAAGAACCCUUUUAGAUCAUAAGGGAAUACACAGUGGAGAGAAGCGCUAUAAAUGUAAUCUGUGUGGGAAAUCUUACGAUAGAAACUAUCGCCUUGUUAACCAUCAGAGGAUCCACUCUACAGAGAGACCUUUCAAAUGUCAGUGGUGUGGGAAAGAGUUCAUUGGGAGACAUACCCUUUCCAGUCACCAGAGGAAACAUACCAGAGCGGCACAGGCUGAACGUAGCCCACCUGCGCGGUCUUCCUCUCAGGACACAAAGUUGAGAUUACAGAAGCUAAAACCAAGUGAGGAGAUGCCCCUCGAAGACUGCAAAGAAGCUUGCAACCAGAGCUCCAGGCUCACUGGACUCCAGGACAUAACCAUUGGGAAAAAGUGCCACAAAUGCAGCAUAUGUGGGAAAACUUUCAACAAGAGUUCACAACUCAUUAGCCACAAGAGAUUUCAUACUCGAGAGAGGCCGUUCAAAUGCACCAAGUGUGGGAAGACCUUCAGGUGGUCUUCGAACCUGGCUCGGCAUAUGAAAAACCAUAUUAGAGAUUAGCCUGGGACCUGACAAUGACAGUGGGGGUGGGUUCUCAGUCCCCUGCUAGAGAACCCUUAAUUAUAGGCAGUGUGGAGAAACCUUCACAAAGGGCCCAGCCCUUUCUAUUUUGGAAGCUAGUGACAGAAUCCCAAGGAUUUAAAAGCUCGGGGAGUCCCUAGCCUGCCUGCUGGGAUGUGACGCUGGGGAAGCUCAGCAGCAUGUUCUUUGGAGCCCUUCUGGAGACUUGGGCCCCUAGGAGUGGCCUCUGCAGCUCGCCCGGUCAGGUCUCCUUCCACAACUCUGAGGAGAGAGACGACUGCCCUUUACAGUUGGACAAAAUAUCUGUGGCAUCAUGGGCUGUGGCUGCUGGAAAGGGGCCAGUGGGAUCCUAGAUUUAUCUUCAAGUUUGGCCUGUGGCCAUGCCUAUUCUGUUGACUUUAAAAGCAGCAGCAUCAAGAAUGCCUUGUCUUCCCAAAUGCCCCCUGGGGAGUUCUGGCUGGGGCUUCAGUCUUCCUGGCUGGCUUUUGGAUAUCUGCUAGGGGGUUAGAGAGGUCUCAGCGGCAGGUGGAGGAGAGCAGGAUGCUGGACUCAAGCGCUUGGCUUGUGGAGCUCUACCCGUACCCUGUUGCCGUCCCCAUCCCACUGGCCUACAUAGGCAGCAGCAUCCAUCUGUUUAACAGAAAUGUGCUGAGCACUCCCAUACACCAGGCACUGGUUUGUUUGCCAGAGACCUAGCAGGGACCAGAACAGAUGAAAAUCCUGCCAUCUUGGAUCUUUACAGAUGACAAACAAAUGGGAUAUGCAGUAUUCUGGAUGGUGAUGUGUGUAGUGGACAAAGUGAAUCAGAGAAGAGUGAGAGGGAGUGCUGGAUUGGGAGAUCAAUUGUGAUUUUAGAUAGUCUGAUCAGGGAGGGCCUCAACUGAGAAAGUGAAAUUUGAGCAAAGACCUGAAGGAGGCCAGGGAGGUAGCAGGUAACUCUCUAGGGAGAGUUGCAGGCAAAGGAGAUUGGGUCUUGUUUGGUGUCCUCAGGAUAGCAAGGAAGCCUCUGGGAUGGAGUGCAGGGAGCCAGCUGGAAGGGGAGGAGAGGGGCCAGGGAGGCCAUAGGCCAGGCCAUGUGAGCAUCAUGGGUCAUUACGGGGGCUUGAGCUGCCUCGGAGGCAGGGAGCAUUUGGACAGUUUUGAGUUGAGGAGUGAUGUGGUUUGAAUCUGAAUUAUAUUUUAUAAGAGUUAACCACAGAUCCAAGGACUCAGUAAAGUGGAAUGGGUGAAAGGCUUCUCAUGUGGUUACCCUUGCUGCCAGUUCCCAUAAAUCAGACUCCUCCCCACUCCGUUUCUGAAUUUUCUAUAGGAUCCUCAGCCUCAGCAGAUGUAAAUGCUUACCAUUGUUGUGUUCACGUCUCUAGCCCCUGCAUACUGCAGGCCCCUCUCACCUUCACAUACUCCUCUCACCUUCACAUACCCCUCUCCAUGUAUGAGAUCUGGUGCUAGCAAUCAGAUUCAACCCGAAGGAACAAGUGCAUGUGCCUGCUGCUCUCAGGAGAAAAGACGACCUGUUCUGGAAGGAGCUCCUUCACUGGCCCACCCACUUGUGUUGAAGCAAAAAGCAAGAAUCAAUUACUUAAAGGCAAAGGAGUGCUAUUGCUAAAGCCUGUGAGCAAUCAUUGCUUCUGAUUAUUGAAGAGGUCAGAUUGUAAAUGAAAGGAUAAAAUGUCUUAAUAGUAGAGCAGUGUCCCCGACUGUAGCGGCCUAUUCACGGAGCUGGUCAUUUCUUGAAAUGAGAAGAAACCAACCUGGAAGAUGUGUUUUUCAGUACAGUAUGGAAUAAUCUUAUCUGCUCUGGAUUGCCAUGAGCAGGUGAAAAUGAAGGCUCUGAUAUUGUGUGGUGGUAUCACGGGAUGGUGGGGGCGGGACAGAAGUCUCCUGUUGGUGUUCUGAUGCCUGUUCAGCUUUGUCCUCAGGAAGGUUUGGUCAUCUUGGUUGCACCAUCUCUUGCCUUCCUAUGGCAGCAGCUGUUCAUGGCAGUGAAGAUGUCCCUUCACUGUCCCAAAAAUGGCACUAGAAGUGGCUGGGCAGGGACCAGAGUCAUAGGAAGGGUCUUGGAGUCAUCAGAUCUGGGUUCCAGGCAUGGUGUGCCUUUUCUUGGCAGGAAUGAUCUUGAGCAAGUCAGUGAACCUCUGCAUCGAUUUCCUUAUGUGUGAAGUUAGAGUGCUUUGCUGUGCUACCUGACUCCUGAGAUUGGUGAAAGAGGGCUUGGUUUACCAAGGCUCUCCAUCAGGUGGUUGACCUCUAGGACCAGGGCCUUCUCAGAGGUGCAGCUCCCAUGUCAGUUGGUGUUAUAACCUCGGAAAUGUCCCUUUCCGAUCACAUUUUUAGCACCCCUUUCCCCCCAUCUCUGCUCCCUUUGCCACAGGACGUCUUGUAAAGUUCCUGCCCCAGUAUGGGGAUAUUUUUAGUUGUUUUUUUUUUUUUUUUUUUGAAACAGGGUUGUCCAGGAUGGAGUGCAGUGGCAGGAUCACAGCUCACUGCAGCCUUGACCUCCAGGCCCAGGUCCCACCUGAGCCUCCCCAGUAGCUGGGACUACAGGUGCGUGCCACCAUGCCAGCUAAUUUUUUAUAUUUUUUUGUAGAGACAAAAGUUUUAUUUAUUUUUUUCCUAUGUUGCUCAGGCUGGUCUCAAACUCCUGGGCUCAAGCAAUCCACCCACCUCUGCCUCCCAAAGUGCUGGGAUUACAGGCAUGAGCCACUGUGCCUGACCUGUCAUUUUUAUAGAAUGAAAUGUGCUUAUUUUUAAACAUUCUAAUCAAGUUUUAAAAUGUGCAAAGAAUGAAGUGAAAAACAGAUUUUUUUUUUUUUUUUUUUUGAGACGGAAUCUCGCUCUGUCGCCCAAGCUGGAGUGCAGUGGCGGGAUCUUGGCUUACUGCAAGCUCCGCCACCCGGGUUCACACCAUUCUCCUGCCUCAGCCUCCUCAGUAGCUGGGACUACAAGCACCCGCCACCACGCCCGGCUAAUUUUUUGUAUUUUUAGUAGAGACGGGGUUUCGCUGUGUUAGUCACGAUGGUCUCGAUCUCCAGGAUAGUCUCAAUCUCCUGACGUUGUGAUCCACUCACCUCGGCCUCCCAAAAUGCUGGCAUUACAGGUGUGAGCCACCGUGCCUGGCCAAAAAACAGAAAUUACUUUAUCCUGAAGUAAGCUGUUUAUAUUUGGGAUUAUGCUGAUCCCAUUUGUCCAAUAACCUGAGUUUUCAAAUAAUUUUAGUUCUGUAAGUACUAUAAUUAUAUAAAUAUUAAUAAAUUCAGAUUAGCUGAAAGGAAAAAAAGUAGAAGCCUGACUGCUUGGUGCUAACUACAAAAGAUUUUGGCAGAAUCAGUGUUGGAUUUGGCUUUCCUGUCCCUUCCCCACCCCAUCCCCCCAGAGUGUUCUGCCUUGUGCUGCCUCCCUUCACCUGGAGUGCCACACCCGUCUGUGCCAGUUCAGCUCUUCAUUCUUCAAGGCCUGACCUUGUCUGACCCUUGUGCCUCUAAACCCCUGGCCCCACGUCUCUUGGUGCCUGUGUCAGGUGAUGUUUGUGUUUUUGGUUAUGCCCGUCACCAUAGCCAGACCAAGCACUCUGGAAGCCAGGGUUGGGUGCUUAUUUAUCUGUUUGCCAUGCACAAAAGAUCUUGCACAAAAUUACCUCUGUUAAGCAGUCUGGAACUGAAGUUGGUUUGGCUAAGUCAGGGUUGGGGUUUUUUUUAAGGGGCUGUGGGGUGAAAUGUUGACUGGAAGCCACCCACAAACACACACCUGCUGGUUAGGAACCCGGCUGUGGGUGGUUCUGAGCUGUUUGGCUUCAGUUGACAGUUUCCGAUUGCCCUAAGCACCGGGUCUCAUCUUACAUCUCAUCUUGGCCUGGAGAACAUUCAGGUUCCUUCCAACCGUACCCCCCUUUCCCCCACUCCCUUGGAGGAGCUGAAGUUGGGGUCAGGAGUGCCAGAUGGCGGGAGUGGGUAUUUGAAGGUCUUUCUGUCACCUGUUCAGUGUGGUCUGCCCCACCCCUGCUGACCAAGAGUGUCCGAAAUGUGAAAUAAUACCAUCUCACACUCAUCAAGCUGGCACAUUUUUGAAAACCCAAGUGUGGGUAAGUGUGUGGAACAAUGAUAAUUCAUACUGCUUUAGGAGUGGAAAUUGUGAGAAAUACUGUGCCAGGCAAUUUGCAAAAUCUUGGAAGGUUGUGUGCACUUACCCACCCAGCAACUAUACUCCUGGAUGCAUCCUAGAGAAGUGCCAUGUGAACAGAGAAAUGAGUUGAAGACUUCACUGAAGUAUUGUUUAGGUAGCAAGAUUGGGAAAAGCCUGUAUUUCAUCAGCAGAAGAGUGGAUAAAUAAAUGGGUUGUUUUUGGUCCUUGGAAACUGAAUAUGAAAGAGUUACGUCUCAACACAGAUAGAUGAAAAAUUAUGCUGAGAAAGUUGGUGAAGCUACAUACAAGGUACUGUUUGUGUAAAGUUAAGCAUACUGUGUAUCUGUGGGCACGUUACUUCAACUUGUUUUUCACCUUUUCUAUAAAAUGGGAUCGUAGUGGCAAUCUCACAGGGUGAUUGUGGGUGGGGGGUGGUCAAUGAAGUAAUGCAUGUAAAAUGCUUAGAAUAGUGUCUAGCAUGUAAGCAUUGUGGACAUACAGAAAGUGUUAUUGUUUUGCACAGUAAUCUAUUUUCUGUGGAUUCAAAUAAUAUGAAAUGAAAUCAUGUAUUGGAAUGAUGUGUGCAAGUCACCAUUCUGCCUUCCUAAGGCAGGAGACCUGAUGGAUUUGGGGAGGGUACAUGGGGGCUUCAGUUGUGUUUUCUUUCUUUCUUUCUAAAAAUUGAUGCAGAGGCAUCAGAAUGUUAAGAUAUUAACAGGAUAGUGUGGUGGGUUCUUUUUCACUGUUUGCCUAAAGUGUUUCAAAGUAAAAAUAUUUCUUAAGCAUGG